AUGUACGCCCCUUACAUUCCGUGAAUCUCCAUCGUAUUGCCUUUAAACUAUGUGCAAUAUUAUAAAUCGUUUUUAUAGGAUUUGGUUGGAUUGUGCCGGUAUCAAAGGAGGUGAAUAGAUGUGUACGUAGACAGCCUGAGAGGCAUUACUCAGGGCAUGUUCUCAGAUUGCAGACGGAGGAAGGAGGAAAUAACGAUCUGUUUUCCAAGAUUAUAUCGAAUAGUUAGCUCUCGUCUACGGGUUUAUUUUUGGUAACAUUUCCUACAGAGGUGAUUAAUUGACAAAUAGUAACAUCACAACGACUGUCCUCGUUUUGCGUGGACUUGGCCGCACAUUAGCUUCUUGUGUUGGUAGCUACGUGGUAAAGAGCGUAUGAAGUUAACGUUAGUUAGGUUAGCUACAUGUAUGCUACGUGGUAGUUGCUAAACAGGUAUUUAAUGUUAAGCUACGUAGCUAGCUAAAGGCAACACGGCUAACCUAGUCCAACUUUUUGCGGUCGUUCGAGAUGCUUGUUGACUAACAGUUCGCGUUGACGGAGAAUCUACUUGUAAACACGGGCGAUCAUUGUCAGCUAACGUUAGCUACCUGCCUGGAAACACUGGGUGAGCUGUCAACCCUCUCAUGAAGCAAACGACGGUGGCUGCGGUUAAGUCAUGGCAGAUGAAAAUACACAGUUCUGUGGCAAUUGCAAACAUGACAUUCCAGAGGCUAAUUUUACGACCCAUGAGAUCCACUGCCGAAGAAACAUCGCAUUGUGUGACGUAUGCCAGGAGCCAGUGCCCCGGUCUGACCUCCAGGAGCACAAACAGCAGGAGCACACUCAGAUUACAUGCAAGUGUGGUUUGAAGAUUGAGAAGACUCAUAUUGCUGUUCACCAGAGCGCUCAAUGUUCUCAGCGGCUGGUCCCGUGCCAAUUCUGUGAACUGGAGAUUGUUUUCAGUCAGUCCAAAGAACACGAGGAUUAUUGCGGCACGCGCACUGAGCCCUGCGUGCACUGCAAGUGCAACGUAAUGUUGAGGGAACAAGCUGUGCAUCCGGUCUUAUGUGGAAGCCUUACACCACCCCAAGAGAGGAACAACAGUCGGACGAGUCGCAGUCCGGUAGAACCACAGCCUCCAGGGCCCUGGUUUGAGGCUCACUCCAUCCGAAACCUCCUAAGAGCCCAAGAGAGAGGCCCGAAGAAUAAUAACAUCAGUGCAGCAGAACAACAGGCCUUUCCCCGGCCAUUUGAUCACAGAGAAUAUUACACUUCAAGGGGACCUCAAGGCCUAGGAGACUGGAAGAAUACUGCCCCGAGAAAUACCUUUAGCCAAAUGCAGAGUGAUUUUCAGAAUAGCAGCAGCAGCAGCAGCAGCAGCAGCAGCAGUGCGUGGCCACAGAGUGAUCUCACACUGAAUGAGGACUCAUCGGGCCUGGACUACAUGCUGGCUCUCAGCCUGCAGAGCGACGUAGAAUCGGUGGCUGGAGGCGUAGAGGGAAACCUGUGGAGUGGUAUCUGGGACCACAAGAUUGGGAAGACUUCCAACACCUCUUUAAACUCUCCUCUCUCUCCGCCCAACAACAACUUCCCAAACUUCUCUACGGGCACAAGCACGAGUGCAGUCCAGGAACGCGAUCAAGCAGAUACCAUGCUUCCUUGUGAGUUUUGCGAAGAACUGUUUCCCGAAGAGGACCUCAUUUUGCAUCAGACUGGAUGCAGCCCGGCCUCCGCCUUUGCAUCUUACAGCAAGCAGCCCUUGUCUCCACUCAAAGAGGACAGGAUGGGCAGGAACGCUUCAGGGCUGAUGCACAACAUCCCCGACACACUCGCUUCAAACAUCCCCACCUUCCCCCGGUCGAUGUCCCCGGCCUCCUACAGUCCUCCAGCCAGUCCUCUAGAGGGCGACGUGGUCAUUCCAUGUGAGUUCUGUGGCGUCGCUCUGGAGGAGGCUGUCGUCUUUCACCAUCAGGACAAGUGUGAUAUGCGACCUCAGACUGCCCACCCGCUGAAUAAUCUAACAAAAGCAUCUGUCAAAAAACCACUGAGCCCAACCAAAGAUGCCUUUGGUCAGAUGACUUCAGAUUUUCAAAGGAGAGUUAAUCCUCAAGUCGACUUCUCGGAAGUGAACUUUGGAUGCGACAGAGAGACCCCACCAGGACCAAACCAAAUGGAAUGGCAGAGACGUUACAUUGGACUACCAAGUCAAAGGAAGACAUCCAACUGCGAUGCUUCUGUGAAAAACCGACCUCAGCAGCCGGGCAUGGAGGCAGAGGGAGCUCAUUCAUCUUUCUGCGACUCCGACAAGUCUGCCUCUACGUCUCUACAGGGAGUACAUCUACCAGAAUAUAAAGACGGCAGAGGGAACAGAAGAAAUUCAUUGACGAAGUUGCCCAAGAAGCAGAAUGAAGAGCAGCAGGAAGAGUGAGAGCAUGUGGAGAAAUACAAAAACCAAAUCUCCUACUCAAACAUUCAUUUAUCUUCUUGCACACUCUUGAAAACAAAACGUAUACCUAUCUGACAAGUGCCUGUGUGAGUGUUAGUUAUCUUCAGUUUAUAUUUUAAUGAGUUUUACGAUUAUAGUCUAUGUAAGUCAUCUGGUUUAUUAAUGCAUAUUCUGCUUUAUUUCAAGUUUUUUUUUUUUUUUUUUUUUUUUUUUUUCCCCCUUCUUCAAAUCUGUGUAUGUCUAACAUCCAACCUUAAAAGAUAAAGUAUGAACUUAAUUUUAUUUGCGUUGAAUUAGAUUUAUUUUUUGUUUCUUUUACUGAGAAAACAAAAAACCAUGACACCACGUGUACACGUGGUGUCAUGGCUCAUUGAGGAACAUGGAGAACAUCAGACGCGUGACUUUGUCGCUGUGCAUUUGUCUAACUAACCAAGAACGUGUUGUUUUCACCCUGUUUGCCAGUUCGUUCAGGGUCCUUCAGUGUUCCUGUUGCUUUCUGAAUCUGUAUGUAAUCUGAAGCACUUUGACAGAUUAUUUUGUGAAAAAAGGGCUUUGAGGAACAGAUUUGAUACAUUUAUGCAUCUUUGACCACGAAAGAAAAAAAAAAAAAACCUGUAUAAUUGAACAUUUGUCUUUUUAUACUGUUGAACAUCUGUCUUUAAUACUCUUCAGUAAUAUUUAGAUUUUUUUUUAAUCAUACCUGUAGAACUAUAUAUGUGGUGUUAAGAUGAGGUGGCUUUUGAAGCUGUGUCUCCUGUCCAAUCUUCUUUGAAGUAGUAUGAAACAUGUUGUGUGCUGCACCUCCGCAUAUAGGAUUUAAGAUUGAUACGAUGUAUGUUGUGUGUAACAUAGGGUCCACUUCAGCAAUACAUAUAAGAUAGGCAACCCUGUGCCACAGAUGGUUGAGACCUUUUAACUGAAGACGAUGCCAGAGCGGUUUCCUGAUUAACGUCUGAUAAUCAACUGUCGAGGAGCAAAUAAUCAGUGAAAUCUCCUGCUUUGGUGUUUGGUCUGACUGGAGGCUCUCACGCCACAUGGAUGACUAUUCCUGUUUCAGAACAACUGUCUUGAUGCUCUUUGUCUUGUGUGGCUAUUAAAUGUUUAAUGAGGAGA